AUGAUCAUGCCCAGGGAGUACGCCCAUGCAGCCGCUCUACGCAACGGUCGUUCCCCCUGCACUUUGGAUCCCGUCCGAUCACCACCCUUCGGGAGCUCGACGGUCCGCAAACAGGACAACAUUCAGCAAGAUGCUGAGCUCGACCCGGCUCAACGGCCAAAUGAUUACAGGAUUCUGAUGGAGAUGAACAAGCCUGGCCUUUUCGAUGAAGUCGAGACCAUUCGGGAGCGGUUGUGA